GCACAUACUUUGCAAAUUUGUGAAAUAGUGCAGCCGCACGUUCCCUUUUCUCACAACUAACACAGCGUUGCAGCAACCCCAUGUGGAAAACAUUGGGUGUAUGAGGCAUGUUAUUGUAAAAGACUAGCUAGCACAUUUAUGAGUCUACUGAAUCUGGUUAAAUUCUAGCGUGUCCUGAGACAACUUACUACAAUUCGUUUCAUAUGCUAAGGUUUAAACGAUAAACAUGGACAAAGUCGGUAAACACUCUAGAAAGGGGAGAGAGGCGACGAAGAGAGUCUCUGAACCAGAGCCUGACUACGACGAGGAAGUGCUAAAAAGACACAAAAACGCUCAGGCAGUGACUGUUUUGGGCGAAGAAGAUGCAUCUGUAAAACUUUUAGAAGAUCUUGUUUUUGGUGCUGAAGAUGAUCUUGUGGAAAAGCUGGUGGAGGUCAGAGAGGAUGGAGGUGCCACACUUCUGGAUGAUGACGAUUCCAGCGAUUCCGAUGUAGAGAAUGAAGCACGGCUGAAGGUUCAGCCAACAAGGACAGCAGUAUGGAAGGAUGAGGAUGAUGAUCUGGAGGAAGAAGUGGACAUGAGACACCGGUUCCGUAGAGACCUGGCCAAGAGUGACGCGGAAGCCAAGAUGUCCAAACAGAAGUUACAGCAGAGGAUGAAAGAACAGUUCCAAAAAGCAAUGGGUGGAAUGCCGGCCUGGGCAGAGACAAAAUCAAAGAAAAAGAAUAAGAAAAAAGAUGACUCUGAUGAUGAGGAUGAAGAUGGAGACGACCUGAUGAGGAAGACGGGCAACUUUGUGGGCUCAUCCGACAGCCUUCCCAAAGGAAUCAUACGGAUGAAGAAGUGCCUACAUGCCAACAACGACCGGCCGUCUGAGGGCAGGCUGACCACGGUGCAGUUCCACCCCUCUGCCCAGGUUGUCAUGACAGCAGGGCUCGACCAGUCCAUCUCUCUGUUCCAGGUUGAUGGGAAGACCAACCCUAAGAUUCAGAGUAUUCACCUGGAGAGGUUCCCGGUGCACAAGGCCCAGUUCAGCGUGAACGGGGAGCAGGUGGUGGCCACCAGUUUCAGGAACAAGCUGUUCUACAUCUAUGACAUGAUGGAGGGCAAGGUCAUCCCUGUCCACACUGUCAGAGGUCUGAGGGAACAGAGGGUGAAAGAGUUUGAAGUCUCCCCUGAUGGAGAAUCCCUCCUUCUCACUGGCACCUCCGGAUACCUCCACGUGUUAACAAUGAAGACAAAGGAGGUAGUGAAAAGCAUGAAGAUCAACGGAAACAUUGUGGGAGUGGCUUUUUCCCACGACGGCAGCAAAGUCUUCACCAAUUCUGAGGAGGGUGAGGUGUACAUAUGGGACAUGAGGAGCAGUAAAUGCCUGAACAGGUUCACGGAUGAUGGCUGUGUGAGUGGGACCUCCAUGGCUGCAUCCAAGAACGGACAGUAUCUGGCCUGCGGGUCAGCGUCAGGUGUGGUGAACGUGUACUCGCAGGAGGAGUGUAUGCGGCAGAACAACCCCAAGCCUCUGAAGGCCAUCAUGAACCUGGUGACGUCUGCCACCUCUCUCCGCUUCAACCCCACCUCCGAGAUCCUGGCCAUUGCCUCCAGGGCUGAUGACGAGGCUGCCCGAUUGGUUCAUAUCCCCAGCUUCACGGUGUUCUCCAACUUCCCCAUGUUCCAGAUGAAAACCAUAUACAGGGCCCACCGCCUGGACUUCUCCCCAAACAGUGGCUUCUUCUCUCUGGCCAACAACAAGGGCCGUGCCCCUCUCUUCAGGUUGUUGCAUUACAAAGACUUUUGAUGAAGAGCAUCGCAAGCAGGCUCGUAAUCAACAUCAAGACACCAAGCUCCCUCAAUACAACUACCAUUGUCUUCAAGAAGACAUUUUACAAUGAAAAGGACUUCAAUUGUGAACUCGGUUAUGGUAAUUUCAUCUAUGAAAGUGUCACAGCAAGAUACCAUGUCUUUUGUCCUGUUUUUUUCCCUUCAAAUUUGAGUGAUUACAUUUAAGUGUUCAGUUUUCAAAAUGCUUGUCCUGUGUAUUUCUUUCUGUCUACUUUAGGGUUUGACAAAUGUUUGUAUAAUGGAUAAUGUACAACUUCAUUUCCUUGAUACUUGGCCAUUAGUAUAGUUUCUUCUGUUCCAAGAUAUCUCGGAGAACAAUAACAUUAUAGAUUGACUAGUAUAGAAAGGCUGUCAAACAUGUAUGCACUAAAGCCCCGUUAGUCUACUCCAUGUUGACCUGAAAAUCUGUUGCUUCCAGCCACAAUAAUGGAUUAGAACUCACUGUGACUUCCAUUUUGACCAAAGCGCUCCUCCAAAUCUGAUGGUGUUUGAAGACGAUCAUUUUCACACAACUUUGGAUUAAAUACUUAAUGUUCAGUGCCUUCAGAAAGUAUUCAUACCCCUUGACUUAUUCUGCAUUUUGUUGUGUUACAGCCUAAAUUCUAAAUGGAUUAAAUAUGUUUUGCAAAUGUAUUAAAUUAAAUGCAGCAAUAUCUUAUUGACAUAAGUAUUGACACACCGUUGCUGUGACAUCUAAUGGGUGCAUCCAAUUUAAUUUGAUCAUCCUUGAGCCGUUGCUACAACUUGAUUAGAGUCCACCUUUGGCCAAUUCAAUUGUUUUGACAUGAUUUUGAAAUAAACACACCUGUCUAUAUAAGGUCGCACAGUUGACAGUGCAUGUCUGAGUAGAGACUAUACCAAGAAGUCCAUGGAACUGGCCAUAGAGUGCUGAGGUAGAAUUGUGACAAGGCGUAUCUGGGAAAGGGUAUAAAACCAUUUCUACAGCGUUGGAACGUUUCCAAGAGCACAGUGGUCUGCAUCAUUGGGAAGUUAAAAAAAAAAUAAUAAUAUGGGACUACUCAAGACUGCCUAGAGCUGGACCUCUGACCAAACUGCGGAGGGAAAAAAUCAGGUCAAGGGUUAUGAAGACUUUCUGAAGGCACAGCCUAUCUGGCCCAGUUUAUCAGCCGACCAAUAAAGUGAAGCCAAUAUAAACCCUUA